AUCGUGUCCAAGAACGCUAUGCAGUACCGCGGGAAUGCCCAGCACGACGCGCAGGAGUUCCUGCUUUGGCUCCUGGACAGAGUCCACGAGGAUCUGAACAACGCAGUGAAUUCCAGCGGCAUGCCUCCGCUCAAGCCACCGCUGGAGGAUGAUGUGCUGCUUGAGGGACCAGCCUUUCCAAUCAGUAGUACUUUUGUGCAGGAACUCUUUCAAGCCCAGUACAGGUCCUCUCUGACGUGCCCUCAUUGCCAGAAGCAGAGCAACACCUUUGACCCUUUUCUCUGCAUCUCUCUGCCGAUUCCUUUGCCUCAUACACGGCCCCUCUACGUCACCGUGGUGUACCGGGGGAAGUGCUCUCACUGCAUGCGGAUCGGGGUGGCGGUGCCCAUCUCUGGAACGGUGGCCAGGCUGCGGGAGGCCAUCUCCUCAGAGACCAAGAUACCCACGGAGCAGAUCGUGCUGACGGAGAUGUACUAUGAUGGGUUUCACCGUUCCUUCUGCGAUACUGAUGACCUGGACACCAUUCAUGAAAGCGACUGCAUUUUUGCCUUUGAGACCCCAGAGAUAUUUAGGCCCGAGGGUAUCCUGAGUCAGAGAGGAAUACAUGUGAACAAUAACCUGAAUAACUUGAAAUGUGGCACUGAGCACUCCCGAACAAUAUCUUACUCUCAAGGAACAGUGAAGUCUGGAAAACUGGAACAGUCCUCUACUAAACCAGCAGCAAAUGACAAGAUUGUCUUGCUGGUGUGUAACAGAGCGUGCACUGGACAGCAGAGCAAAAGGUUUGGCUUGCCCUUUGUGUUGCAUUUGGAAAAAACAAUUGCUUGGGAUAUUCUGCAGAAGGAAAUUCUGGAGAAGAUGCAGUAUUUCCUGCGGCCCGCAGCCUGCAUGCAGGUUUGCCCGUUCAGCUUGCGAGUGGUCAGUGUUGUUGGCAUAACGUACUUGCUACCUCAGGAGGAGCGACCCCUCUGCCAUCCAACAGUGGAAAGGGCGUUGAAGUCAUGUGGACAGGGGGGAACUGCUCAUGUGAAAUUAGUGGUAGAAUGGGACAAGGAAACUAAAGAUUACUUGUUUGUGAAUAUGGAAGAGGAGUAUAUUCCAGACUCGGAAAGUGUCCGCCAGCAGAGAGAGCUUCAUCAUCAACCUCAGACCUGCACUUUAUCUCAGUGUUUCCAACUGUACACCAAAGAGGAACAGCUUGCCCCAGAUGAUGCAUGGCGAUGCCCCCACUGCAAGCAGCUGCAGCAGGGUAGCAUCACACUGAGCCUCUGGACCUUGCCUGAUGUUCUCAUCAUACAUCUCAAAAGGUUUAGGCAGGAAGGAGACCGAAGGAUGAAACUUCAGAACAUGGUUAAAUUCCCCUUGAGUGGUUUGGACAUGACUCCUCAUGUUGUUAAACGCAGCCAGAGCAGCUGGAGUCUGCCAUCUCACUGGUCACCCUGGAGGCGACCUUAUGGUCUCGGAAGGGAUCCUGAGGACUACAUCUAUGACCUGUAUGCUGUCUGCAAUCAUCACGGCACCAUGCAAGGGGGACACUAUACAGCAUAUUGCAAAAACUCGGUUGAUGGCCAGUGGUACUGCUUUGAUGACAGUGAUGUGCAGCAACUUUCUGAAAACGAAGUCUGCAAGCAGACAGCUUACAUUCUUUUCUACCAGAGACGCACAGCGAUCCCGUCAUGGUCUGCUAACAGCUCUGUGGCAGGCUCCACAAGCUCCUCGCUCUGUGAGCACUGGGUCAGCCGCCUGCCUGGUAGCAAGCAGCCCAGCAUCGCUUCAGCAGCAUCAUCGCGGCGCACGUCUCUGGCUUCGCUCUCGGAAUCGGUAGAGCUGACGGGGGAAAGGAGUGAAGAUGAUGGAGGAUUUUCAACUCGCCCUUUUGUAAGGAGUGUCCAGCGUCAGAGCUUGUCAUCUAGAUCUUCUGUCACCAGCCCACUGGCAGUGAGUGAAAAUGGUGUCAGGCCCUCGUGGUUGCUCUCAGCAAAACUGCAGCUGCGCUCCAACUCUCCAUCCCGCUUCUCUGGAGAUUCCCCUGUACAUACCUCUGCUUCCACCCUGGAGAAGAUCGGGGAGGCUGCUGAUGAUAAAGUCUCCACCUCUUGCUUCGGCAGCCUGAGGAAUCUCUCCAGUAGCUACUUGGAGCCCUGCGAUGGCAGUCGGCGAGAGCACAGGACGGCUCGCAGAGCUCCUUUGGCUGUCAUGGAGGGGGCAUUCAGGGAAGAGUCUGUUGUAAGGACAUCUAGCUCAGAUCUUUCAGAUGAGUAUGGUAAAAGCUCUGUGCAGCUAGACAGGAAUCACCCUGCUUUGGACCCUUUUGAUAACAACAAUCAAAUUGCCUUUGUUGAUCAGAGUGAUUCUGUGGAUAGCUCUCCGGUCAAGGAGGUGAAAGCCCCCUGUGGGACGGGGCUGGCUGCAGAGAAGGCAGGUGGCACCCCUAAGAAGGUUCACAGCUCCAAGGGAGUUUCUGAGCCAGACAAAAGUUUGAGGAAGGGAAGGACAGUCUUAUCUACCCAAGAGACCAAAGUCUCUCACUCUUCUCCUCCUCCACUGAAGAGUUCCCAGAAAGUUUCCCGGUCUAGAAGUAAAACCGACUCCUCUAGAGCCAGUGGGCGACAUGGGUCUCCUGCUCCAACUCAGGCUAGGAAGGACCAUAGCACGAAGCCACUUGAGGUGGCUGUCCCAUCAGCUCAACAGAAGCAAAAGUCAGGUUCUUCUCCAUCCUCCACUGCUGCCAAGAAAACCCCAUCAGGCUCAUUGACUAAAGGCUCUUCUUCUGGGAAGAGCCGGACUUCAGACCGAAGCCUCAGCAGAGAGGGCUCCAAGAUAAGUCUGGGGUCGGAUAAAACGAGCAUUACCAGCAGUUCAAGAACGAGCUCCCCACGGAUAAGCCACUCCAGGAGUGACAGCAGGGCAGUGGACAGCAAGCACGUGCGGAGUUCUUCUAUGGCCAACCUGCGGUCUCCAAAUGUCGGUGUGCGUUCUGGUUUGAAGAGGGACAGCAAGUCAGAAGAGAAGGGAUUGUCUUUCUUUAAAUCAGCCUUGAGGCAGAAGGAGACCCGGAGGUCAGCAGACCUGGGAAAGACAACAAUGCUUGCAAAAAAGACAGCAAGUGGCAGUUCCAAGUCAGGCAGUAAAACUGUGCUGGAAGACAAAUCGGAGAAAGGUGUUGUCUCUCCAGCCUCUCAAACCAAUGCCAACGUUACUGCAAAAGAAAAACUUGUCCCAAAAGAUGCCGCAUCCAACAAACAUUCCCUGCUAUCCAGUCGCAAGUCCAAGUCUUCCCAGCUAGAUCCCAGAGUCCAGUCUCCUCCUUCCAGUGGCAAGCAGUCUGCUGACAAGCCACUGAAAAAAUUACCUUCCAGCAUGCAGGUGUCUGUACGGCCUUCUCUGGAACCUCAGUGAAAUGCUGCAAUCCAGGUGUCUUUUCUUCUGCUGAGAAGCUAAUUUAUUCUGAGCUCUUGUUUUUGGUUUUUUUUUUUUGUUCAUGUGCCUAAUGUCUGUUUUGAGGAGAAGUUAACUGCAAGUUGUUAAAGCGCCUUUUGAUUCUGCCAUCAAACCAAAUAGCCACAGGCAGCCAGCACUGAUGCAAGUAGUCUAGCUGGAGUCGUUGUUGAACAUGAAUGCAGCUGUCCCAUAGCACUUGUACAGGAGUCUCUUUAUAGAAAAUGCAACAACUUUCUUCAGAUUCAAGAUUUGAAAUCUGAAACCCGGUUGUAUUGACACUAGUGGGCUUUGUAGAGCUGUGAACUGAUAUUCCUUUGGUCUUGUUCCAAGCAGGCUGUGUCCACGCUGGUGUAUGGCCUUGUUCUCAGCUGUGGAGGGUGCGAAGGAAACUGGAAAGGAGAGACUGCCGCUUCUCUGCUCUCUCUCAACCCUCUCUCCCUGCUCCCCUCCAUUUUUCAAGCUUUCUAAAGGGCAAUAUUUCAACUCUGAUGUUGUUUCUCAGGUAUAUGCUCAGCCAGUAUAGGAGGGACUAGCAUUAGUGGAUGGACAGAAAGGUACCUGUGUGUUCGUGCGUACGU